AUGACCAUCACCCAGGACGUGCGGCUGGAGUACCUGGAGGCUGUGUCGGGCAGCAUCCUCAGGUUCAAGCCCGACCGGUGGAACAAGAUGCUGAGCUCGGAGGAGAAUGUGGCCAUUUUCACCGACUUCCUGGAGAAGCCGGACACUCAGGUGCUGGUACUGACGCUGAACCCGGCCGGCCUGAUCGUGCCCUGCCUGGGCUUCCCCGCCAGCCUUAAGACCAAGGGCGUCUACUUCAUCAAGAAAGUGCCCGAGAGCCUGCGCAAGGACACCUUCAAGGAGAAGCUGCUGUUCGGGGACAUCAGCCCCAUGCCCGUGGAGCAUCUGAUCGCGGUGGUGGAGGAGGUCCUCUACCCACUGCUGAGCCAGAGUGAGAACACGAGCGGCUGGCCCCGGGUGGUCUCGGAGGACAUCGUUAAGCAGGCCCACCGGCUCAAGAAUGAGAUGUUUGUGAUGGGGGGCAAGGUGAAGGGCAAGACGCUGCUGCCCAUCCCCGAGCACCUGGAGAGCCUGGACGGCACGCUGGAGUCCAUGGAGAGGAUCCCCUCCUCCAUGGACAACUCGCUGCUGCACUCCAUCGAGACCAUCAUCAUCGACUGGACGCACCAGAUCCGGGACGUGCUGAGCAAGGACUCGGCGCAGAUGCUGCUGGAGGGGCUGCACCCGCUGCCCAGCGUCGAGUUCGACUUCUGGGACUCGCGCCUCAUGAACCUCAAGUGCAUCCACGAGCAGCUCAACCGGCCCAAAGUGAACAAGAUCGUCGAGAUUCUGGAGAAGGCCAAGAGCUGCUACUGGCCGGCUCUGCAGAACGUUUACCUGAACGUCACUGAGGGCCUCAAGGAAGCCAACGACGUGGUCCUGUACCUGAAGCCGCUGCGCAUCCUGCUGGAAGAGAUGGAGCAGACGGACUUCAGCAACGUCCCCACCUAUAUCGCCAAGGUGCUGUUCACCAUCGGCUUCAUCUGGGCCAACUCGGAGCAUUACAACACGCCGUCUCGGAUCAUCGUCAUCCUGCAGGAGUUCUGCAACCUGCUCAUCGAGAUGACGAGGACGUUCCUGAGCCCGGAGGAGGUGCUGAAAGGGCUGCAGGGCGAGAUCGAGGAGGUGCUGGUGGGCAUCUCACAGUCGGUGGCCGUACUCCAGGGCCUGUACCACGCCUACAGUCACUGCUGCACGCACAUGGGACGCUUCUUCAAGGACAAGGACCCGGUGCCUUGGGAGUUCCCUUCUUCCUUGGCCUUUUCCAGAAUGAAUUCCUUCUUUCAUCGCCUGCAGACCAUCGAGAACCUUUACAAAACAGCGAUUGAGUUUCUGAAGCUGGAGAAGAUCGAGCUGGGAGGGGUGCGGGGAAACAUCCUGGGAAGAGCCAUCACUCAGAUUUACGACGAGGUCUUCGAGCUGGUGAAAGUGUUUGCUGAAUGCAAAUAUGACCCACUGGACCCUGGAGACCAGAGCUUUGAUGAGGAUUAUGCUGAUUUUGAGACCAAAAUUAAGGACCUGGACCGGCGGCUGGCCACACUCUUCUCCCAGGGAUUUGACGACUGCUGCUGUAUCGAGUGCUGUGCCAAGCUCCUGUACAUGUGCGGGGGCCUCCUGGAGCGGCCCCUGAUCCUCGCCGAGGUGGUGCCCCGGUACUCGGUGAUGCUGGACAUGCUCAACACGGAGCUGGACAACGGCAAGAUCCUGUACGAUGCACAGGUGGCCGCCUCUGCCGCCGGCAACAUCCCCCCCAUCCACAAGAACAUGCCCCCCGUGGCCGGGCAACUCAAGUGGAGCCUGGAGCUGCAGGAGAGACUGGAGGCCCCCAUGAGGGACAUUAAGAUUGUUGACCACCCGGCCAUGUCCAGCGUGGAGGCCAAGCUCGUGUAUAAGAAGUACGAUGAGAUGAUGGACCUCCUGCGGCGGUACCGUGAGGACACGUACAUGCAGUGGGUGGGCCGCGUGGACGCCGACUGCCACUUCAACCUGGGCCAGCCCCUCAUCCAGCGUGACCCCAACACCAGGCUCAUCCAGGUCAACUUCAGCAAGGCGCUGGUGGCGGUGCUGCGGGAGGUGAAGUACCUGAUAUUCGAGCACCAGGAGGACAUCCCGGAGAGCGCCGAGAGCCUCUUCUCGCAGAACGAGACUUUCCGCAAGUUCGUAGGCAACCUGGAGCUCAUCGUCGGCUGGUACAAUGAGAUAAAGAAAACGGUGAUCGGUGUGGAGCUCCCACUCAUCAAGGCGGAGCUGGAGGCCAUCGAUGUCAAGCUGCUGCGCGCAGAGUCCACGCUCUUCUGGAACGGGAACGGUGUCUUCGAGUACAUCCAGGAGAUGCGGGAGAUCCUGCAUGACCUGCAGAACCGGGUGCAGAAGACGAAGCAGAACAUCGAGGGCAUCUCUCACGCCAUGCAGGAGUGGUCGGCCAACCCCAUGUUCGAGAGGAAGGACGGCAAGAAGGAGGCGCUGCUGGACCUGGAUGGGAGGGCCAUGAACCUCACCAGGCGCUACACGGCCAUCAAGGAGGCGGGCGCCAGGAUCCAGGCCAUGGUGCUGGAGAACUCGGAGCUGUUCCGGGCAGACGUGGCUUCGGCAUCCUGGAAAGAGUACGUCAACUAUGUGGACCACAUGGUCCUGGAGGGCUUCGACUCCUUCAUCCGCAAGUCUCUCGGCUACCUCACGGACAACAUGAUCUUCCACGAGGGCAUCGCACCGCUCUUUGAGGUCCGCCUGGAGCUGAACGAGGAUGGGCUGACCUUCAACCCGUCCCUGGAGGUGGGCGCCGACCAGGGCUUCCUGGUGCUCCUCGAGGGACUGGUCAACGACAUUUACAACGCGGCCAAGCUCAUCCCACGGCUGUCCAAGGGCCGCUUCAACUACAAGACAGACCUGGAGGAUCUCACGGACCUCAUGGACAUGCGGGAGGAGCUGUCCAACCUGGUGCUGGGCGCCAUGAAGGAGGCCGAGGAGUACCAGGACUCGCUGGAGAAAUACUCGUAUCUGUGGAUGGACGACCCGCAGGAGUUCAUGAAGAACUUCCUCACAUACGGGCGCCCCGUGUCGGCCGAGGAGCUGGAGGGCCGGCUUGAGGACAGCAUCCCCGCGUCGCCACCCACCCUCGCCCAGUUCCAGGAGCAGAUUGACUCGUAUGAGAAGCUGUACGAGGAGGUGUCGCGCUGCGAGAACACCAAGGUCUUCCACGGCUGGCUGCAGAGCGACUGCCGCCCCUUCAAGCAGGCGCUGCUCAACACCAUCCGCCGCUGGAGCCUCAUGUUCAAGCGGCACUUGAGUGACCACGUCAUCAACAGUCUCGCCGACCUGGAGAACUUCAUGAAGGUGGCCCGGGCCGGUCUGAAGAAGCCCAUCAAGGAGGGCGACUACGACGGGCUGGUGGAGGUCAUGGGGCACCUGAUGAAGGUCAAGGAGCGGCAGGUGGCCACUGACCGCAUGUUCGAACCGCUGAAGCAGACCAUCGAACUGCUGAGGACCUACGGCGAGGAGCUGCCCGAGGAGGCCCACGUGAAGCUGCAGGAGCUGCCGGAGCAGUGGACGACCACCAAGAAGCUGGCCAUCCAGGUGAAGCAGAACGUGGCCCCCUUGCAGGCCAACGAGGUCAGCAUCCUCCGGCGCAAGUGCCAGCAGUUCGAGGCCAAGCAGCACGAGUUCCGGGAGAAGUUCCGGGAGGAGGCGCCCUUCUCCUUCAGUGACCCCGACCCCUACAAGUCCCUCAACAAGCAACAAAAGAGCAUCGCGGCCAUGAGAAGCAGCAUGGAGGCACUGCUGAAGUCGGGGGGCCUGUUCGAGGUGUCAGUCCCCGACUACAAGCAGCUUAAGGCCUGCCACAGAGAGACGUGCCUGCUCAAGGAGCUGUGGGACAUGAUCUUCACGGUCAACACGAGCAUCGAGGACUGGAAGACCACCCAGUGGAAGGACAUCAACGUGGAGCAAAUGGACAUUGACUGCAAGAAGUUUGCCAAGGACGUGCGUCAGCUGGACAAGGAGAUGAAGAGCUGGGACGCCUUCGUGGGGCUGGACAACACCGUGAAGAACAUGAUCACAUCGCUGAGGGCCGUGAGCGAGCUGCAAAAUCCCGCCAUCCGCGAGCGCCACUGGCAGCAGCUCAUGCAGGCCACCCAGGUGAAGUUUGAGAUGUCGGAAGAGACCACGCUGGCCGACCUGCUGCAGCUGAACCUGCACCGCUUCGAGGAUGAGGUCCGCGGCAUCGUGGACAAGGCGGUGAAGGAGUCGGGCAUGGAGAAGGUGCUGCGGACCCUGGACAGCACCUGGUCCACCAUGGUGUUCGAGCACGAGGUGCACCCGCGCACGGGCGUCAUCCUGCUCAAGUCAGACGAGGUGCUGGUGGAGACCCUGGAGGACAACCAGGUGCAGCUGCAGAACCUCAUGAUGUCCAAGUACCUGUCACACUUCCUCAAGGAGGUGACGAGCUGGCAGCAGAAGCUGUCCACGGCCGACUCGGUCAUCGCCAUCUGGUUCGAGGUGCAGCGCACCUGGAGCCACCUGGAGAGCAUCUUCAUUGGCUCUGAGGACAUCCGCACGCAGCUACCGCAGGACGCCCGGCUCUUCGACAGCAUCGACAGGGAGUUCAAGGCCCUGAUGGAGGAUGCGGUGAAGACCCCCAAUGUGGUGGAGGCCACCAACAAGCCGGGGCUCCUCAACAAGCUGGAGGAGCUGAAGAAGAGCCUGGCCGUGUGCGAGAAGGCACUGGCCGAGUACUUGGAGACCAAGCGCCUGGCCUUCCCCAGGUUCUACUUUGUGUCCUCAGCUGACCUCUUGGACAUCCUGUCCAAUGGCAACGACCCCGUGGAGGUGAGCCGCCACCUGUCCAAGCUCUUCGACAGCCUGUGCCAGCUGAAGUUCCAGCUGGGGCCUGAGGGGAAGCCCGCCAAGGUGGGGCUGGGCAUGUACAGCAAAGAGGACGAGUACGUGGACUUCGACAAGGAAUGCGACCUCUCGGGGCAGGUAGAGGUCUGGCUGAACCGCGUGCUGGACCGGAUGUGCGCCACACUGCGCCACGAAAUCCCGGAAGCAGUGGUGACAUACGAGGAGAAGCCACGGGAGCAGUGGAUCUUCGACUACCCCGCCCAGAUCGCGCUCACAUGCACCCAGAUCUGGUGGACCACGGAAGUGGGGCUGGCGUUUGCGCGGCUGGAGGAGGGUUACGAAAACGCCAUCAAAGACUACAACAAAAAGCAGAUCAGCCAGCUGAACGCGCUCAUCACGCUGCUGAUUGGGAACCUGAGCCCCGGCGACAGGAUGAAGAUCAUGACCAUCUGCACCAUCGACGUGCAUGCGCGGGACGUGGUGGCCAAGAUGAUCCUGGCCAAGGUGGAGACCUCCCAGGCCUUCACCUGGCAGUCGCAGCUGCGGCACCGCUGGGACGAGGAGAAGAGACACUGUUUCGCCAACAUCUGCGACGCGCAGAUCCUGUAUUCAUACGAGUACCUGGGCAACACGCCCCGGCUGGUCAUCACGCCGCUCACGGACAGAUGCUAUAUCACCUUGACCCAGUCCCUCCACCUGAUCAUGGGGGGCGCCCCUGCGGGCCCCGCUGGGACCGGCAAGACGGAGACCACCAAGGACCUGGGCCGAGCACUGGGCACCAUGGUGUACGUCUUCAACUGCUCCGAGCAGAUGGACUACAAGUCCUGCGGGAACAUCUACAAGGGCCUGGCACAGACAGGCGCCUGGGGCUGCUUCGACGAGUUCAACCGCAUCUCGGUGGAGGUGCUGUCAGUGAUCGCUGUGCAGGUGAAAUGCGUCCAGGACGCCAUCCGGGCCAAGAAGAAGACGUUCAACUUCCUGGGCGAGAUGAUCAGCCUCAUCCCGUCGGUGGGCAUCUUCAUCACCAUGAACCCCGGCUACGCCGGCCGCACAGAGCUGCCCGAGAACCUGAAGGCCCUGUUCCGGCCCUGCGCCAUGGUUGUGCCCGACUUCGAGCUCAUCUGUGAGAUCAUGCUGGUGGCCGAGGGCUUCCUGGAAGCUCGCCUGCUGGCCCGGAAGUUCAUCACGCUCUACACCCUGUGCAAGGAGCUGUUGUCCAAGCAGGAUCACUAUGACUGGGGCCUGCGGGCCAUCAAGUCUGUUCUGGUGGUGGCCGGCUCCCUGAAGAGGGGGGACCCAAGCCGGGCAGAGGACCAGGUGCUCAUGAGGGCACUGCGGGACUUCAACAUUCCCAAGAUUGUGACCGACGACCUGCCCGUGUUCAUGGGGCUGAUCGGGGACCUCUUCCCGGCCCUGGACGUGCCCCGGAAGCGAGACCUGAACUUUGAAAAGGUCAUCAAGCAGAGCGUGGUGGAGCUGCGGCUGCAGGCCGAGGACAGCUUCGUGCUGAAGGUGGUGCAGCUGGAGGAGCUGCUGCAGGUGCGGCACUCGGUGUUCAUCAUCGGCAACGCCGGCAGCGGCAAGUCCCAGGUCCUCAAAUCCCUGAACAAGACCUACCAGAACCUGAAGAGGAAGCCGGUGGCCAUCGACCUGGACCCCAAGGCCGUCACCUGCGAUGAGCUCUUUGGCAUCAUCAACCCAGCGACCAGGGAGUGGAAAGAUGGCCUCUUCUCCACCAUCAUGCGGGACCUGGCCAACAUCACCCACGACGGCCCCAAGUGGAUCGUACUGGAUGGCGACAUCGACCCCAUGUGGAUCGAGUCCCUCAACACCGUCAUGGACGACAACAAGGUGCUCACCCUGGCCAGCAACGAGCGAAUCCCCCUGAACCGCACCAUGAGGCUCGUGUUCGAGAUCAGCCACCUGCGCACAGCCACGCCUGCCACCGUGUCCCGCGCUGGCAUCCUCUACAUCAACCCCGCGGACCUGGGUUGGAACCCGGUGGUGAGCAGCUGGAUCGAGCGGCGCAAGGUGCAAUCGGAAAAGGCCAACCUGAUGAUCCUCUUCGACAAGUACCUGCCCACCUGCCUGGACAGGGUGCGGGUGGGCUUCAAGCGGAUCACUCCUGUGCCCGAGAUCACCACCAUCCAGACGCUGCUCUACCUGCUUGAGUGCCUGCUCACAGACACCAGUGCGCCGCCCGACUCCCCCAAGGAGCUCUAUGAGCUCUACUUCGUCUUCGCCUGCUUCUGGGCCUUCGGCGGGGCCAUGUUCCAGGACCAACUCAUUGAUCACCGAGUGGAGUUCAGCAGGUGGUGGGUCAACGAGUUCAAGAGCGUCAAGUUCCCCUCCCAGGGCAGCAUGUUCGACUACUACAUCGACCCUGACACCAGGAAGUUCCUGCCCUGGACCGACAAGGUGCCCAACUUCGAGCUGGACCCGGACAUCCCGUUGCAGGCCUCCCUGGUCCACACCACGGAGACCAUCCGCAUCCGCUACUUCAUGGAUCUGCUGAUGGAGAAGGCCUGGCCCGUGAUGCUGGUGGGGAACGCGGGCACCGGGAAGUCGGUGCUCAUGGGCGACAAGCUGAGCAGCCUCAACCCCGACGAGUACCUGGUGCAGGCCGUGCCCUUCAACUUCUACACCACCUCAGCCAUGCUGCAGGGGGUCCUGGAGAAGCCCCUGGAGAAGAAGUCGGGGCGGAACUACGGGCCGCCGGGCACCAAGAAGCUCAUCUACUUCAUCGACGACAUGAACAUGCCCGAGGUGGACAAGUACGGCACCGUGGCCCCCCACACUCUCAUCCGACAGCACAUGGACCACAGGCACUGGUACGACAGGCAGAAGCUGACGCUGAAGGACGUGCAUAACUGCCAGUAUGUGGCCUGCAUGAACCCCACAUCUGGCUCCUUCACCAUUGACCCCAGGCUCCAGCGGCACUUCUGUGUGUUCGCGGUCAGCUUCCCAGGCCAGGAGGCGCUGACGUCCAUCUACAGCACCAUCCUGAGCCAGCACCUGGCCUACCGCUCUGUGCCCAUGGUGGUGCAGCGGCUGAGUGGCCAGCUGGUGGCCUCAGCGCUGGCCCUGCAUCAGAAAGUGACAACGACGUUCCUUCCCACGGCCAUAAAGUUUCACUACAUCUUCAACCUCAGGGACCUCUCCAACAUUUUCCAGGGCAUCCUGUUCUCCACUGCAGAGCUCCUGAAGACCCCGCUGGACCUUGUCCGCCUCUGGCUGCAUGAGGCCGAGCGCGUGUACGGCGACAAGAUGGUGGACGACAAGGACCAGGACACGCUGCGCCGUGUCACCAUGGCCUCCACCAAGAAGUUCUUUGACGACCUCGGGGAGGAGAACCUGUUCGCCAAACCCAACAUCUACUGCCACUUCGCACAGGGCGUCGGUGACUCCAAGUACUUCACGGUCACCGACGUGGCGUACCUGAACAAGGUACUCACGGACGUCCUGGACAGCUACAACGAAGUCAACGCAGUCAUGAACCUGGUGCUGUUUGAAGACGCCGUGGCUCACGUCUGCCGCAUCAACCGCAUCCUGGAGUCCCCGCGCGGCAAUGCCCUGCUGGUGGGCGUGGGCGGCAGCGGCAAGCAGAGCCUGUCCCGCCUGGCCGCCUACAUCAGUGCCCUUGACGUCUUCCAGAUCACCCUCAAGAAGGGCUACGCCAUCCCCGACCUCAAGCUGGACCUGGCCGCACAGUACAUCAAGGCGGCAGUGAAGAACGUGCCCUCCGUGUUCCUGAUGACUGACUCUCAGGUGGCCGAGGAGCAGUUUUUGGUGCUGAUCAACGACCUGCUGGCCUCGGGGGAGAUCCCGGGCCUCUUCUCAGAUGAGGAGGUGGAGAACAUCAUUUCGUCCAUGCGGCCACAGGUCAAGUCGCUGGGCCUGAACGACACGCGUGAAGUGUGCUGGAAGUUCUUCAUUGACAAAGUGCGCCGGCAGCUGAAGGUGAUCCUCUGCUUCUCCCCGGUGGGUUCAGUCCUGCGUGUGCGCGCCAGGAAGUUCCCCGCCGUGGUCAACUGCACGGCCAUCGACUGGUUCCGAGAGUGGCCCGAAGAAGCACUGGUAUCGGUCAGUGGCCGCUUCCUGCAAGAGACAGAGGGCAUCCAGCCGGAAGUCAAACACUCCAUCAGCCUCUUCAUGUCCUACGUGCACAUGACCGUCAACGAGAUGUCCAAGGUGUACCUGGCCACGGAGCGGCGCUACAACUACACCACGCCCAAGACCUUCCUGGAGCAGAUCAAGCUCUACCAGAACCUGCUGGACAAGAAGCACCUGGAGCUGCUGGCCAAGAUCGAGCGGCUGGAGAACGGGCUGAUGAAGCUUCAGAGCACAGCGUCGCAGGUGGACGACCUGAAGGCCACGCUCGCCAUCCAGGAGGCCGAGCUGAAGCAGAAGAACGAGAACGCAGACAAGCUGAUCCAGGUGGUGGGCGUGGAGACGGAGAAGGUCAGCAAGGAGAAGGCCGUGGCCGACGAGGAGGAGAUCAAGGUGGAGAUCAUCAACAAGAAUGUCGCUGAGAAGCAGAAGGCAUGUGAGACGGACCUGGCCAAGGCAGAGCCUGCCCUACUGGCUGCGCAGGAGGCCCUGGACACUCUGAACAAGAACAACCUGACGGAGCUGAAGUCCUUCGGGUCCCCGCCCGACGCCGUGGUCAAUGUCACGGCCGCUGUCAUCAUCCUGACAGCACCAGGGGGCAAGAUCCCCAAGGACAAGAGCUGGAAAGCAGCCAAGAUCAUGAUGGGCAAAGUGGACGCCUUCCUGGACUCGCUGAAGAAGUUCGACAAGGAGCACAUCCCUGAGGCCUGCCUGAAGGCCUUCAAGCCCUACCAAGGCAACCCCACGUUCGACCCCGAGUUCAUCCGCUCCAAGUCCACAGCGGCAGCGGGGCUGUGCUCCUGGUGCAUCAACAUCGUGCGCUUCUAUGAGGUGUACUGUGACGUGGCCCCCAAGAGGCAGGCCCUGGAGGAGGCCAACGCAGAGCUGGCGGAGGCCCAGGACAAGCUCACACGCAUCAAGAACAAGAUCGCGGAGCUCAAUGCCAACCUGAACAACCUGACGUCCGCGUUUGAAAAAGCCACAGCGGAGAAGAUCAGGUGUCAGCAGGAGGCGGACGCCACCAACCGGGUCAUCUCACUAGCCAACAGGCUGGUCGGGGGGCUGGCGUCAGAGAACGUGCGCUGGGCCGAGUCAGUGGAGAACUACAAGGGCCAGGGCGUGACGCUGUGCGGGGACGUGCUGCUCAUCUCCGCCUUCGUGUCCUACGUGGGCUACUUCACCAAGAAGUACCGCAGCGAGCUCAUGGACAAGUUCUGGAUCCCGUACAUCGAGAAGCUGAAGGUCCCCAUCCCCAUCACGGAGGGCCUGGACCCCCUCACCCUGCUCACCGAUGACGCCGACGUGGCCUCCUGGAACAACCAGGGCCUCCCCAGCGACCGCAUGUCCACGGAGAACGCCACCAUCCUCUGCAACACGGAGCGCUGGCCACUCAUCGUGGAUGCCCAGCUGCAGGGGAUCAAAUGGAUCAAAAACAAAUACGGCCAGGACCUGAAGGCCAUCCGCCUGGGGCAGAAGAACUACCUGGACAUCAUCGAGGCGGCCAUCUCCUCUGGGGACACUUUACUCAUCGAGAACAUCGGGGAGACAGUGGAGCCUGUGCUGGACCCCCUGCUGGGCAGGAACACGAUUAAAAAGGGAAGGUACAUCAAGAUUGGGGACAAGGAGGUGGAGUACCACCCCAACUUCCGCCUGAUCCUGCACACCAAGUACUUCAACCCCCACUACAAGCCGGAGAUGCAGGCCCAGUGCACCCUCAUCAACUUCCUGGUCACCAGGGACGGGCUCGAGGACCAGCUCCUGGCCGCAGUGGUGGCCAAAGAGCGCCCUGACCUGGAGCAGCUGAAGGCCAACCUCACCAAGUCUCAGAACGAAUUCAAGAUCGUGCUCAAGGAGCUGGAGGACUCGCUGCUGGCCCGGCUGUCGGCCGCGUCGGGCAACUUCCUGGGGGACACGGCCCUGGUGGAGAACCUGGAGAUCACCAAGCACACGGCCAGGGAGAUCGAGGAGAAGGUGCAAGAGGCCAAGAUCACUGAGUCCAAAAUCAACGAGGCCAGAGAGAACUACCGGCCGGCGGCCGAGCGGGCGUCCCUGCUCUACUUCAUCCUCAACGACCUCAACAAGAUCAACCCCAUCUACCAGUUCUCGCUCAAGGCCUUCAAUGUGGUGUUCGAGAAAGCCAUCCAGAGGACCCCGGCCUCGGACGACGUCCGGCAGCGUGUGAUAAGCCUGACGGAUGAAAUCACCUAUUCCGUCUACAUGUACACGGCACGCGGCCUCUUCGAGCGCGACAAGCUCAUCUUCCUGGCGCAGGUGACGUUCCAGGUCUUAUCUAUGAAGAAGGAGCUAAACCCCCUGGAGCUGGAUUUCCUGCUGCGCUUCCCGUUCAAGGCUGGGGUGCAGUCACCCGUGGACUUCCUGCAGAACCAGGGCUGGGGCGGCAUCAAGGCCCUCUCAGAGAUGGACGAGUUCAAGAACCUGGACAGUGACAUUGAAGGGUCCGCCAAGCGGUGGAAGAAGCUGGUGGAGUCGGAGGCACCCGAGAAGGAGAUCUUCCCCAAGGAAUGGAAGAACAAGACGGCGCUGCAGAAGCUGUGCAUGGUGCGCUGCAUGCGGCCCGACCGCAUGACCUACGCCGUCAGGAACUUCGUGGAAGAGAAGAUGGGAAGCAAAUUCGUGGAGGGGCGCAGCGUCGAGUUCUCCAAGUCGUUCGAGGAGAGCAGUCCCUCCACCCCCAUCUUCUUCAUUCUCUCCCCGGGCGUGGACCCCCUCAAGGACGUGGAGGCGCUGGGGAAGAAACUGGGCUUCACCAUCGACAACGGAAAGCUGCACAACGUGUCUCUGGGCCAGGGCCAGGAGGUGGUGGCAGAGGAUGCUCUGGACGUGUCGGCUGAGCAAGGGCACUGGGUGAUCCUGCAGAAUAUCCACCUGGUGGCGCGCUGGCUGAGCACCCUGGACAAGAAGGUGGAGCGCUACAGCACGGGCAGCCACGAGGACUACCGCGUGUUCAUCAGUGCUGAGCCCGCCCCCAGCCCCGACUCGCACAUCAUCCCCCAGGGCAUCCUGGAGAAUGCCAUCAAGAUCACCAACGAGCCGCCCACGGGCAUGCACGCCAACCUGCACAAGGCGCUGGACCUCUUCACGCAGGACACCCUGGAGAUGUGCACGAAGGAAAUCGAGUUCAAGUGCAUCCUCUUUGCGCUGUGCUACUUCCACGCCGUGGUGGCCGAGAGGCGCAAGUUCGGGGCCCAGGGCUGGAACCGGUCGUACCCCUUCAACAACGGGGACCUCACCAUCUCUAUCAACGUGCUCUACAACUACCUGGAGGCCAACCCUAAGGUGCCCUGGGACGACCUUCGCUACCUGUUCGGAGAGAUCAUGUACGGGGGCCACAUCACAGACGACUGGGACCGCCGGCUGUGCAGGACGUACCUGCUGGAGUUCGUGCGGCCUGAGAUGCUGGAGGGCGAGGUCAUGCUGGCCCCCAGCUUCCAGAUCCCCCCGAACCUGGACUACAAGGGGUACCACGAGUACAUUGAUGAGAACCUGCCCCCCGAGAGCCCCUAUCUCUACGGCCUGCAUCCCAACGCAGAGAUCGGCUUCCUGACGGUCACCUCGGACAAACUGUUCCGCACGGUGCUGGAGAUGCAGCCCAAGGAGAGCGACUCGGCCGGGGGCACGGGGGUGUCCCGGGAAGAAAAGGUGAAGGCCGUGCUGGACGAGAUCCUGGACAAAAUCCCGGAGCUGUUUAACAUGGCCGAGAUCAUGGCCAAGGCGGCUGAGAAGACGCCCUACGUGGUGGUGGCCUUCCAGGAGUGUGAGCGGAUGAACAUCCUCACCAGCGAGCUGCGGCGCUCGCUCCGGGAGCUCAACCUGGGGCUCAAGGGGGAGCUGACCAUCACCACCGACAUGGAAGACCUGUCCACGGCUCUGUUCUACGACACGGUGCCCGCCACGUGGAUGGCCCGGGCGUACCCAUCCAUGAUGGGCCUGGCUGCCUGGUACUCAGAUCUCCUGCUGCGUGUGCGGGAGCUGGAGGCCUGGACCACAGACUUUGCACUGCCCACGGCGGUGUGGCUGGCGGGCUUCUUCAACCCGCAGUCCUUCCUCACGGCCAUCAUGCAGUCCAUGGCUCGCAAGAACGAGUGGCCACUGGAUAAGAUGUGCCUGUCUGUGGAGGUGACCAAGAAGAACCGGGAGGACAUGACGGCGCCGCCCCGGGAGGGCUCCUACAUCUACGGGCUCUUUAUGGAAGGGGCCCGCUGGGACAUCCAGAGCGGCGUCCUCGCCGAGGCACGGCUGAAGGAGCUGACGCCGGCCAUGCCCGUCAUCUUCGUGAGGGCCGUCCCUGUGGACCGCAUGGACACCAAGAACAUCUACGAGUGCCCCGUGUACAAGACGCGGCUCCGCGGCCCCACCUACGUCUGGACCUUUAACCUCAAGACCAAGGAGAAGGCGGCCAAGUGGAUCCUGGCGGGAGUGGCGCUGCUCUUGCAGGUGUAG